CAUGGACAUCAACCUGCAGUCGCACCGAUUUUACUUCCCUCAGAUCUACUGCACCGACCCCGGGGCUCAACCGCAGCUGACCGAGUUCAAAGUCAGUGAGCAGAGUAUCUGCCAGGCGCGGGCCUCGGUCAUGGUGUACGAUGACACCAGUAAGAAGUGGGUGCCCAUCAAGCCGGGGCAACAGGGCUUCAGCCGCAUCAACAUCUACCACAAUACUGCCAGCAACACCUUCAGAGUGGUGGGCGUCAAACUGCAAGAUCAGCAGGUUGUUAUCAACUACUCCAUAGUGAAGGGCCUGAAGUACAACCAGGCCACCCCUACCUUUCAUCAGUGGCGGGACGCCAGGCAGGUUUAUGGCCUCAACUUUGCAAGCAAGGAGGAGGCCACCACCUUUUCCAACGCCAUGCUCUUUGCUCUCAAUGUCCUCAGCACCCAGGAUGGAGGUCCAGCUAUCCAGCGCCAAGUUCAGAAUGGGCCAACUACAGAAGAGCUCGAGGCUCAGAGAGCCAGGCAGAUGAUGGAGCAGCAGCAGCAGCAGCAGAUGCAGGCACACAUGGAACGGGAGCGACGGUCCUCCAACUCAGGUUCUCCUUUCCAGGGUCACCCGGUGGUGCUCUCUGUGGCCCCCCCUGUAAUGCCUCCCCCCAUGAGCAUGGGCGGUGGACCCCCACCACCUCCACCGCCCCCGGGGCCCCCUCCGCCCUCAGCGGGGGCCCCUGCUCCUCCCCUUCCACCGCCGCUCCCCAUGGGCGGUGGAGGAGGCCACGGGGGUGAGCCCCCUGCCCCGUCGGGACUCGCCGCGAUGAUCGCCGGGGCCAAACUGCGCCGCGUUCAAAGACCGGAGGACAACUCCUCAGCCACCAAAAACGAUGCCAACCGGAGUAGCGGAGGCAGUGGGGGACUGAUGGAGGAGAUGAAUGCCCUGCUGGCGCGAAGAAGGAAAGCGGCGUCAGAGAAGCCUGAGGACAGCCAAAUUGAUGACCCAAAUUCUCCCUCACCAAGCACCCGGGGUGGACAAAAUGCCUCAGAUGGUGGGAAGAAGCCAUGGGACCGAGCUAACUCUGCAGAGAGGUCAUCCUUGGUUUCAAGGGUACGACCAGUAGGAAGUGGCAGUGACACAGACGCCUUAGACCUCGAUAGGAUGAAACAGGAAAUCUUGGAUGAGGUUGUCCGUGAAUUGCACAAAGUGAAGGAUGAGAUCAUCGAUGCCAUUAGACAUGAACUCAGUAGAAUUAGCACGACAUAAUUUUAGGAGCCACUCCCCAACGUGAGCCACCUUCUUAAACCCACGGCCCCUGCAGCAGACCCUGGCCCCGUCGGAGAGAGUCGGGAAAGAAGGCCCAAACUGUGACAUCCAUUCAUUCAAUGUAGCUGUGCUGUUGAAGCAACAUGGCCGUGUUGUUGUGACACUACAGAAAUGUCUCUCUUUUUUUUCUUUUUUUUUUUUUUGGUUACGACUGAAGGGAAAGUGAUGAAUGGGGCACAGUCUUGCACUGAUAACUCUUUAAUUUCUUAAAAUCUCUGUUUGUUUGUUUGUUCGUUAGCCCGGUUUCGUCUCCUGUUUGUGGCCUAAAAGAAAAUGGAUAAAAUUCAAAACCUUUUUUUUCAAAUGUUUAUUUUUAAAUUUUGUCGUAUUAUUACUAUCAUUUUCAUUAUUACUGCUGUCAUUUUUAUCAUUGUCAGUGUAACGACGUUCAUAUGAGUUGUAGUAGUUUAGUGAGUACAAUGGUAAUGAUGAGGAAAUGAUAAGGAAAAUGAUUGUAAUGAUUGUCAUAACUGAUUAUUGCACAUAAUUUUAUGUCAGUCUUUUGUAUUUUAUAUUAUAUUAGUCAUUUUAAUUUGGUUUUGUUUUAGAUGCAAUGGCAAGCACGCGCAGAUUUCUUUAUCAUCAUCUCACCUGGACAUUUUUUAUCCUUUUCGCCAAGACAGCUAUAUUUGUGGAAUGAUUGAUGGAAAAAGAAGGGCCUUGACCUGAAAGAGGGUGGAAUAACCUUGUUCUUUAGAUAUUGCAAUCUUAUGAACAAAUAAAUGAAGAAAAAAAAAUAAUACACCAGAGUAUUUGUGAUCAUGUUGUUAAUAAAAAAUGUUUAAUGGCUGCAAGGAUAUGGUGAAGUAUUGUUCAUGUUAUUAUUUCCUUUUAUGACCAAGUGCUUCCCGGUUUGACAAUAUAAAAAAAAAGAUACAAAGUUUAAAAUGAAUUCAAAUAAAACUGUGAACAAUGUCUUGGAUAAAUGAGGUCGACUCUUCUUUUGUCUAUACUCCAGGUGUCUUUAUCUGCCAAUUUGAUACCAGUCUGCAACUUGGGACUGGCUGUUGUUUCACUUUUGAGUUUCCAAUUGAUUUUUGGAUCUUUUUUUAUCAAGCUAAAAUGCAGGGUUUAUCAAGCAGGUGCAAUGAAUUAUACAGCCAGCUUAAUACAGACAAACUGUGAAACACCCGAGCUAUUUCCAUUCCAUAAUCUCUGAUACAAACGUGGCAUUUAUUGACAGAAAUAAGACUUUCAAUUAGACCAGUUUUUCCGAUAAAAUACACUCGAGGAUCCUUAGUCUACACAAAUAUAGUCUAAUUUAGAUACAUACAAAUGUGUGGUAAACCUGAAUAACACAAAAAGGUUCUACAUGCAAUAUUUUUUGAAUGUGUGAAGUUUUCCUUCAUAUAUUCACUGACUUGACAUAACCGCUGUAGUUACAGCCCCUUGAUCAAAAGAUAUGUAUUUACUAUUGGAGAUGCUUGCCAACACAAACAAGUCAUGUAAAGACUUGACAUUAUUAUACGCAUGUAUGUUUUUGUAAUGAAAUGUACAUUAGUAUUAUUUAUCUAGUUCAUUAAUUCAGAAUCUUCAGACUUUAAGGCGAGCGUCAUGAAAAUUAUAACGAUUUCCUUAAUUAUCCUAAAUAAAUUCAAAGAAAGUUGAAUCAGUUCAUAU